GUGUAUUCUGUCACUGAUCGUCUUGUAAAAGGCAGGGGAGCAGUGUUGUUGUUUUUUUUUCUUCGUUAAUUCCUUCAUUUUUAGGUUCGUACCUAUUCGUUUAGGUGUGGAAAACUAAACUUUAUUCGUUAUUUGUGUCAACUCGGUGAACUUUUAAGCUUCUUCGGCGAAUUUAACCUGCAAUUUAGCUUAGCUUGUUAGCUGCUAAGAAAAGACACCCAGAAGUUAUUAACACAUCAUUAAGCAAAAUGCUAAAAAUGUUGGUUAAUUAGUGACUAAUUGUGGCUGUGGGAUAAAUAAUUUUAGUGUUAUAAAGAAAGAUAGCAGAGUACGAGGAGGAUCUUUCUCCAACAAAAGAGGAGAACUUGCGACAACGUCAACUACUGGACGCUGUUUUUCAAGAAGCAUCAAGUUGUGCUACAUAGAACAGACGUCUGUAAAGAACAUCUUCUUCCUGAGCAACAGGAGUGGACCACCAGGAUGGAGCAGGAGAAACCACAGCCCCCUCACAUUAAAAAAGAAGAGGAGGAGUCACAUUUUACACUUAUUAAAGAGGAAGAUGAGGAAGUAAAGCCCGCCCUCUUUAAAGAGGAGGAUGUGGAUCGCCGUAUCGGUCAGAAUGGAGAGCAUGUUGAAGGACAAGAGGAGGUUGAUGUCCCCGACAUGCCAUUGACUGGUGUUAUUGUGAAGAGUGAAGAUGAUGAGGUCAAAGGUGAAAGUGAGGAGAAGAGAGAGGCAGAGACUCCAAGCGGCAGCUCAACUCAACACAUGACAACAGAAGCCGAUGGAGACCACUGUGCAGGAUCACGAGUAGACAAGCUCUUAGCUCCACUAUCAGAUAGUGAUGAAAUGACGUCACACUCUUCUGAAAUUGAUGAGGAAGACUCUGAAGCUGAUACAACAUGUCACACUGACAACACACACUUUGAAUGUUCUCACUGUGGCAAAACCUUUAAUCACCGUCGUUAUAUGAAAACACACAUGAGAAUACACGCUUGUGAAAAACAUUUUUCCUGCUCAAGCUGUGGUAAAUGUUUUACACAGAGUGGUGAUUUGAAAAAACACAUGAGAACACACACUGGAGAAAGGCCAAUUAUCUGUUCAAUCUGUGCUAAAGGUUUUGUACGAAAUAUGGAUUUGAGAACACACAUGAGAACACACACUGGAGAAAAACCUUUUACUUGUUCAAUCUGUGAUAAAGGCUUUACACAAAAUAAUGAUUUGAAAGCACACAUGAGAACACACACUGGUGAAAAACCUUUUGUCUGUUCGAUCCGUACGAAAGGAUUUACACAAAACACCCAUUUGAAAACACACAUGACAACUCCCACCGGCAAAAAGCCUUUUAUCUGUUCAAUCUGUGUUAAAGGUUUUGUACGAAAUUGUGUUUUGAAACGACACAUGAGAACACAUAGUGGAGAAAAACAUUUCAUCUGUUCGACCUGUGGUAAAGGUUUUAUACAAAAUAGGGAUUUGAAAGCGCACACAUCAAUACACACUGGAAAAAAAUCGUUUUCCUGUUCAAUCUGUGCAAAAGGUUUUGUACGCAAAGAUCAGUUGAAGUUACACAUGAGAACACACAUUGUUGACGUAGUGUGAGUUGCAGUGUGUGAUGAAAGAUUCUCUUAAAAGUACCAGUGUAAAAAACAUGAGUUAGAACAUCAGCAGCAAACUAAAAGAGCUAGCAUGGGAGCUAGAAAACAAAAGGAGCUUAGCAUUAAAGCUAUCAAAAACAAAAGGGCCUAGCGUGGAAGCUAGCGGGCAGUGAGCAGGAAAACAAAAGUAAUUACUUGUUGUAUAAAGACAAACUGAAAGUAGGCAACAAAAGACAGUAAGCUACACAAAGCUACCAAAUAUAGCUUACCGCUACGCUGCAACGACACGACAGGAGCUACAAUACAAUACAAUAAUCCAGCACUGACCGGAGGACAAAAGCAGGUACGGCGUGGCACAGUGGGAGAGUGGCCAUGUGCAACUCGAGGGUCCCUGGUUCAAUCCCCACCUAGUACCAACCUCGUCACGUCCGUUGUGUCCUGAGCAAGACACUUCACCCUUGCUCCUGGUGGGUGCUGGUUAGCGCCUUGCAUGGCAGCUCCCUCCAUCAGUGUGUGAAUGUGUGUGUGAAUGGGUAAAUGUGGAAGUAGUGUCAAAGCUCUUUGAGUACCUUGAAGGUAG